GCGCACUGGAGAGUUCAUCUCGAGCGCAGUUGUAGGUAGCGGUGGUCGUGUGCGCGAGUGCGCAGAAAACCCGUGCGCAGCUCUGCAUGUAAACAAACGCGCGUGUCAGCAGGACAGAUCGAAUUUCACUCGUGCUUUGAUACUGGUGCGGUGCUUGCAUAUUAUAGUAGUCGUCAGUCGCUCUCGUAAUCGUACGGUGCACAAGGGUUUAUAGAGUUUGUAACUGAAAUUUAGUCUGUGAUACGUUUCGCAUAGUGAUCCAAAAUGGCAUACGUAGCAAUGAUAGAUCUGGACCCGGUGAUCGUUUGUCCUUACGACGAGAAUCAUCGUAUAGCCCGAUCCCGAUUGCAAAGACAUCUCGUCAAGUGCGAAAAGAAUUUCCCACCCGACUACAAACAGCAGUGCCCGUACGACGCCACGCACCGCGUCUUCCAGGAGGAAAUGGUCCAGCACGUGGAGGAGUGCCCGAUGAAAAUGCAAUACAUGGCCUCGUACAACUUCGGCGGCAAGAUACCGCCGAUCGACGACGAAUUGGAAGCCAUCAAGGACGGCGACGAGAUGUGGGACACGGAGGGUCCAGGAACGCCCGGUCAAAAUCCUUUCAACGAGCCGACUUACGGUCCGGUACCGGUCAGACAGAUCGCUGGACAAUCGCUCAGAGGAAAUGCUUUGAUAGCUAACAAAUACGGUUCCAAGCUGCGUCGUCCGUAUGGUUAUUCCGAGUCGUUCAUGAUAGACAUCGAUAACAAAGUGCAGGAUAGCGACACCGAAUCCGUAACGAGCGAUCGUGGCAUCGGAAGAGGCCAAGGUCUCAUUCCAUCCAUACGUGGCUUGAGCAUCAGAGGAAGAGGUGUGCCAGGGUUAUAUAGAAGAGGAAUCAGAGGAAGAAUUUAGUAUUAUUAAUUUCAUUUCUUUUUUAAACAAAAAUGACGUACCUGCUAAAAAUUUGAAAAAAGCAGUACUGCAGUUUCUAAGUGCACAAUCAGAAGAAUGUAUCUAAAGAGUAUUUAUCUUCUACUUAUACUUAAAUUAAUUCUUAUGUUAAAGAAAUGUAUUUUAUAUUAUUUUAUAUAAAACAUAAAUGAAAUAAACAAAUUAUUUUGAUAAUAAUAGUUAUCAAAAUGUCAAAAGUGUAUUUAAAAUUAUUCUUGUUUAUUCUUAUAUACUUAAAUGUUGAACAUGAUUAUGUACAUAUUCUUGACGAUUUUUUUUCUCCAUAUUUCGUUCCUGUCUCCCAAAUCGAACUUAAUUAAUAAUUCUUAUAGUUGACUGAUUAAAUGAGGCAAUAACAUUUUUCUGCAUAAUUAAGUAUCACGUUAUCUAAAUCACUUAUUCAUUUUCUAAAUAAUAUUUAACAUCUUUUAUGAACAAGCAAGAUGAUAGUUUAUCUAACAUCACGUUUUGGGUUUUGAUUAAUUCUUUUACAUUAUACAGAUUCUGUUGGUCAUGUUUCAAAAAUAUUGUAGUCAAAUUUAGAUAGAUCAUAAAAAAAAAAAA